ACGCUGCGGUAAACACGCGAAUUUGAAUGGAUAAAUAAAAGUGAAAAAAAAAAAAAUAAAUAAACGCUUAAUAAUAACGAAACAGAAAAGUGGUAAAGUGGGGGGGAAGCAUGCGCACAUACCAAAACCAAUAAUAAAGUUAAAGUGAAACAAGUUUUUGAUCGGUACAAUUUCGCAUGAUACAACAAAAGUGAUGACGCAGAGUAGUAAAGCCAAUGUGUGAUCGCAGUAAUUGUUGUUGUUUUUGUUGCUAUAUCUGUGAUAAUGCAAUGAAAUUUCUUCAUAUCUGAAAGUGAUUCAUUAAAUUGUAUACCAAACGAAUGAAAACAUAAUAUUUUCUUAACAAAAAGAAAUAAAAUAAAGAAAAAAUAUGCACUAAAAUAAUAAAGAAAAACGAAAAAAUUUAAUUACCUUAAAAAAAAAAAAACAAAAUUAAAAAGAAAAAAUAUACCACGUAGUCACUAAAAUACAUACAUUAUAUUGUUUGUAUCUAUAAAUUGUUUUCUUUAAUUAUUUUCUGUUAAAAUGACAUUGAAUACGUUGUAUUCAAUAAGCGGAAGUCGUUGCCGUAGUGUAACUUUUAAUAAUUUUAUAAAAUUCAACUGGUGUUUAUAUGUAAUUAUACUUGUAUUAUAUUUACAAUCUCCUUCGCCAACUAAUGCUGUUCUUGAUUUCGAUGACGAAGAGGGUCCAUAUCAGGGAAAAUAUUUGGGAAAAAUAAAUUCUUACCAUCAUCAGGUUUCUGGUGAUAUAUACGCUGUAAAUGAAUUUACCUUCUUAGUGGUGGGCUUCAAUUACGAUGGCAAUGGUGCUGAUACAUUCUUUUGGGCGGGAGCUUCCAAUCGUCCGGGUCCACAGGGUUUUAUAGUGCCCGAUGAGUAUGGCAAAACCAAUAUUUUAGAUCGUUACCACAAUAAAGACUUUACCUUAACACUGCCGGAUCGAAAGAAAAUAACUGAAAUAAAAUGGCUAUCAGUUUAUGAUUUAAAUAAUCAAAAUAAUUUCGGCGAUGUAUAUAUACCAGAAGAAUUUGAACCACCACGACCACAGGCUGGUGGUACUUUUUCGAAACGUAGUCAUAAUGUUAGUAGCACAGCAAUUGAAAUUUUAGACUCGAAAACAAUACAAAUUAUCGAUUUUACAUAUGAUGGCAAAGGAAAGAGAACCUUUUUCUGGGCUGGCGUAGGAGCACAACCUUCAAGUCGUGGUAGCAAAAUACCCGAUGAAAGAGGAUACCUAGAUCCCAUACGCAAAUAUGACAAGGAAACUAUAACCCUGGAAUUGCCUGGUGACAAAACUGUUUUCGAUAUUGAUUGGAUUAGUAUUUAUGAUUUAGCCGAUAAUGAAAAUUAUGGUCAUGUUUUAAUUGCCGACAAUUUGAAUGUACCUCCUUCUUUGGUGAAAAUAACACCAUAUGAGUUUUCCCUACCAAAUUGUCGACAAUUACAUAAAAACUUACAAGUAUCCUGGGAAGUGUUUGGUCCACAAAUUACCCUACAACUUUCGGGUCAAGUUGAAAAGAAUGAUUACAUGUCAUUUGGUCUAUCGGGUUCAGAUACUUCUUCGCAAAUGAUAGGAGGUGAUGUGGUUGUGGCCUACAUGGAUGAUAUUCGGGGUUAUUCGAUCGAUUAUAAUAUAACAUCAUUGGCUCCCUGUGUCCAAGUGUUGGGUCAAAACAAAGGCGUGUGUCGUGAUGAUGUAGUGGGUGGUUUAAAUGAUUUUCAAUUAAAUACCUAUAGUCGUAAAGAUGGCAUUAAUACUAUAACCUUUAGGAGAACUUUAAUAUCAUCCGAUCAUGGUGAUAAGGAAAUACGUUUAGACCGAAGCAAUUACAUUAUAUGGGCUUUAGGUCAAUUGGACUCAAAUUAUGAACCAGCCUUCCAUAAUUAUUAUCCCAAAAGUGAUGUUUUAAUUGAUUUCAAUACAACUGAACCGGUUAAUGAUUGUUUUAGUUUUACCAAACAUGCUGAUGCACCCAUACAAACCUGGGAAAAGGUCAAAAUAUUAGAUCCAACUGUUCGCACUUUUAAUUCAUAUUUGGGUCCUUCUGGAGGUUUGAAAGGUUAUCAGGGUAUUACUGGUCACGUCUCUAGUGGUUUAGCUUGGUAUAUAAAUGGUUAUAUGAUUCCCGAAUUGUAUUUGAAGAGAGGUCUUACAUAUGCAUUUAAAGUAAGAGGUGGCAAUAAUCCUCAUUCGCCCGACAAUUAUCAUCCGCUUGUUAUUACUGAUGAACCACGCGGUGGUUAUGAUCGUCUUAGCGAUGCAAAACAAAGUGAAAUUCGUGUUUUAGCUGGUGUCGAGUUUACGCGACGUGGACGUCCCAAGCCAACAGCUGCCGGACCUCUAUGUAUAUCACGUUAUCCAGCCGGUUAUGAUCGUCGAUUGGAUGAUAAUUUUCCCAGUUUUAAGAAAUUUAAUCGUUCUCUUGUCACCGAAUGUCCCUAUGAAGAACCGGCCAUAUUGGAAAUUACACCAAAUAUAACAUGGCCCGAUAUUGUGUAUUACAAUAGUUUUACCCACGCCAACAUGGGUUGGAAAAUUCAUAUUAUUGAUAGUUAUAGUAAUGUUAGAAAUCGUGGUAACAAAGUGUUGAGUGGGAAUUGGAACUUUUUAAUGGGAGGUGGAGUAUUUAUAAUAACUACUAUGUUUUAUUUAAGAUUUUGAAAAUGACUGAUGUUCUUAAAUAGUUUUCUUUGUUAUUGUAGUAGAUGAAAGUACAUUUUUUUUUUAAUAAUAAUUUGCCUGAUUUUAUUUUCAAAAUUCUUUUAAUAUUGUAUGUUACACAACUAUUUUGGUUUGACAUAUUUUUUUCUCGAUUUCUCAAGAUAUUUUUAAAUCAAAUAAAUAAAUACUUUAAAUAUUUUUCAAUAUUUUUGUUUAUUUAAUAUGUAUGUUUGUUAAUGUACGUAUGUAUAUUAAAUCAUGUUUUUAAUUUCCAUGUAGAAGAGUUCCAAGAAUAAUUUAUAAUAAAUAUAUUGUAGUAUUGAAUCCUUUAAUAAAUAUAUAUUGAUUUUCAUAAUAAUAAA